ACAAGCCCUAAUUUCUCCGAGAAGAAGAAGACGAGUAGAGAGUAGCAGACAUGUCGAUCGCAGUCGAAGGACGUCAGGGGCGGGCGAUGGACGCGUACGAGAAGCUGGAGAAGGUCGGGGAAGGAACGUACGGCAAGGUUUACAAGGCGCGGGAGAAGGCCACCGGCAAGAUCGUCGCUCUCAAGAAGACCCGCCUCCCCGAGGAUGACGAGGGCGUUCCUCCCACCACGCUCCGCGAGGUCUCCCUCCUCCGCAUGCUUUCCAUCGAUCCCCAUGUCGUCAGGCUUUUGGAUCUGAAGCAAGACCAGAACAAGGAGGGGCAAACCAUUCUCUACCUAGUCUUUGAGUACAUGGACACGGAUCUGAAAAAGUACAUCAGAAGUAUCCGCCAGAGUCAUGAAAUGAUGCCACCAAUGACUGUUAAGAUUUUGAUGUAUCAACUCUGCAAAGGAAUUUCAUUCUGUCAUGGUCAUGGAGUGUUGCACAGGGAUCUUAAACCUCACAAUCUUUUAAUGGACCGCAAGACUAUGAUGCUAAAAGUUGCGGAUCUUGGACUCAGUCGUGCUUUCACCAUUCCCCUCAAGAAAUACACGCACGAGAUCCUAACCCUGUGGUAUCGAGCUCCAGAAGUGCUACUUGGUGCCACACACUAUUCGACACCGGUUGAUAUGUGGUCAGUUGGCUGUGUGUUCGCUGAACUAGUCACAACCCAGCCACUGUUUGCUGGUGACUCCGAGCUGCAACAGCUUCUUCACAUCUUCAGGUUACUUGGUACGCCAAAUGAAGAAGUUUGGCCAGGAGUAAGUAAACUAGCAAAUUGGCAUGAGUAUCCACAGUGGAGCCCGAAGGAUAUUUCAUCAGCUGUACCUGGCCUUGAUCCCAAUGGGCUAGACCUUCUCUCGAAGAUGUUGAAGUAUGAACCCUCAAAGAGGAUUUCUGCUAAGAAAGCUAUGGAACACCCCUACUUUGAUGAUGUAACUAAGGCUUGCUACUGAGUUUUAUCUGAGGAAGCUUUCUUUUCUCUGAGAAAGCUUUGUUGCUCAAAUUAACAAACACGGUUGUGGUGACCAGUUGUAGUAUCUUUAGAUGUGUAGGUCUUCUCGAGCAUUAUAUUUGGAAUUUGGAGGAGCAUUGUAAUUGUUCUUUAGUCAUUCAAUCUAACCAGGGUAUUGUUUCUUAAGCACAGUUUGAUCUCUGUGAUAUGGAAAGGUAAGAUUGUUUAUUGGUAC